GACCGAUUCUGAAUUGGUUUUCAUCAUUACAGCCGCUUUGGAGUCAUCGAGUUUUGAACUCUUCAGCAUAGCCAUUUCCUAUUUUAACUUCAACGGGGUUGGAUUUGUUUUACACAAGUACUGCUUAUGGGUUUCCGCAGUUGAUUCGGUGCUGUCGGGUUUUGUCAUUUUUUAUUUUAUGCUCUUGUGUAUUUUUUACUGAUCUCAACAUGAUUAUUUAUAGGGCUCCACUGGUCAUCGUUGCCACCACUCUCAUUGUUUUCCACUUACUGCCACCAACAACUAGUUUAACAGUCCAACAACUCUUCAAACCCAAGCAGAAUCCUGCUUCGCCUGAAACCGACCUCUUAGCAAUUAUUCGUGUUCCAAGGGACACUCUUCAUCAGCUGGAAGACUUUCCAUCAGAGAACAGUGCAAAGGUUAAAGACAAUGAAAGUAGUACGGUGAUUCGGAAAGCUCGAGAUAGCAAAUUUUUUUCGUCUGAUAAACUCCGAAGUGGUUUUAAAGACGACCCUAGAGCCGAUAGGUCUCUAAAGCCGGAAGAUAAUGGAGAUGAUGAUCAGAGUCGGAAGAACAAUCCGAAUUUGGGAAAACGAUGUUCCACGUGCGACAAUACCUACCUGAGGUCAUCUGGAUAUGGUCAAAUGAGAGAUAGAUAUGACGGUUAUUACUCAAGGGAGCCAUAUUCCUCUUAUAGCCGGACCAGAUACGAUCGCGUUGAUCCGUACGACAGAUACGAGAAAGAUAGAUAUUACGAUGACUACGACCGAGGAGACUCAUAUAGAGAUACCAGAGGCAGAAACAGAUACUCUUCAUCCUAUGAUAGAUACGAACCUCGAGAUCGCUAUUAUGACAGAGGACUGGGCUACGAUAAUAGAGGGUACGAUUACAGAGAGAGGGAUUACUACUAUAGCCCUUACUUUAGGGACAGGUACGAGCCAGAGGAGGACUACUACAGUCGAGGCUCAGGAACCGACAACUAUUCAAGCAGAGGAUAUGGAAGGCCUGAUAGUUACAGAACGGGAAGCAGCGGAUAUGGUGCAUAUGCCCGAGGCUACAGUUAUGGCGAUCGAGAUCGUUAUGGUGGAUCUGGUGGUUCGGGCUAUGGAAACUAUGGAUCUGGUGGUUCGGGAUAUGGAAACUAUGGAUCUGGUUAUGGCAGCAACUACGGUUCCGGCUACAAUUCCGGAUACAAGCCCAGAUAUCCGUCRGAYGAAUACGAUUCUGGAUAUAGAUAUACCAGUUAUCUUUACGGGCGACCUUCGUCCACUACAAUUGAUCCUCCCAGAAAGAACGAAAGCGACCAAGGAAACACUGCCAGUCCUACUCAGGGAAGUUCGUCGGGCAGGAUGGAUUAAGAUAUAAGGCAAGUAAUUAAACAUAGCAGCAAAUCUCAAAACCAUUCUGAUUUUUUUUAGAAUAAUUAACAAGUUAUUGCAAAUAAAUUAAUCACAAUGUACAAAGUUUAUCGGACACUGUAAUUGUUUUUCCGAUUUCUGCAAACAAAAUUAUUUUAAACUAUUUUAAAACCAAAUUUACUUUUGGAAAUAUUUAUUUAUUAAAAUUGGCCACAAGUCGAUUUCAGAGGUUUUCUUUAAAAAAGCCCUAAUAAUAUCAAUUCUAAUAUAUACUUAGAUGUAGGUUUUAUCAGUAAGUAUCUACUUCGAUGUGGCCACGUAACAGUCUUACAAAUAUACGCAACAAAAACAACGCUUGCAUAAAACAUUUAAAACUUUUGAUCUUUUUAAAUAAACGUAUAACAAGGAUGUGAAGUCAUGACUAGUAAAAUGCGAUACCAAGACUUUGUUAAAAGUAGGGAAAAUAAAUGUGCUUUUUUAUAA